CUAUUUUUGAUCGUAUUGUAACAUAUUUCUUAAUUCUUAACCUGAAUAUUCGUCGACUUUAACGUUUAAUCUUUCGAUUUAUGGGCAAAAACCUCUCCAGAAUUAUUUGUCACAAGUAGGGAUUUAAGGACAAGUGCGACAAAUAUUUAUCAGUUCUCCUUAGAAGCUUUUGUGUGUUUUUAUGCGACCAAUCGACAAUCAAAGAAUGGAGAGUUCCGGCGAAAGUUCAUCGGGCAAUCCAGCACCUACGCGUAGCGAAAGAAAGAGUACUCGGGGCUCGAGACAGAGAGCCGUGGAUAAUUUGAGCAAAAAGUUUUUGAGAAACUUCGAUCCAGAGCACAGCGAACGAGAAAAGCGCAAGCUGUAUCGUCGAUUGUAUCAGAGCUACAGGAAGCACCUAUACAACGAUGAAGGCAUUUUUAUACGGACAUCGGAUGAUCUCUGUGACUGCUUGAGCUUAGAUUGCCCAGGAUGCCAUUUUCCAUGUUUCAAAUGUUCUUCUUCAAAAUGUGCCCACGACUGCAGGAACAAUCGCAAAUGGACCUACGACAGCAUUCAUUGCGAAGGGACUGGUCCUGUGAUAAAAAAUCCAUUGAUGAAAGAAACAAAGUGAGAAUGUAAAAACAUGCAAAUGCGUAUCUGUAAGUAUUUGUACAUAAAAAUCUUCAAGAAUUACCGGAUGUUUAUUAUUACUCUUGUAUAAAUUGUAUUUAUGUAAUAAAUGAAAGAGAAUUCAAUAAAUUCUUAAAGUAUUACU